AGUGCCGUCAGAAGGCCUACGCGCUGUGAUUGGCCGAGAUGCUUCCGGUUUCCUGUCGUUCAUACAUACACGUGAAGGUCAGCAAUACAGCCAUAAGGCUUUCGGAAUUGGGAAAAUAGUGUUCUUACGACCCCAGUUUGGCAGAAUAUGGAUGGCCAAGGAGCGACAGCCGACCCUCAGCUUCAGCACUUCAUCGAAAUCGAGUCUCAAAAACAAAGAUUUCAGCAGCUGGUGCAUCAAAUGACUGAGGUUUGCUGGGAGAAAUGUAUGGAUAAACCCGGGCCAAAGCUGGACUCCAGGACAGAAAUGUGCUUCGUCAACUGCGUGGAGCGGUUUAUCGACACCAGCCAGUUUAUCCUGAACAGACUGGAACAGACUCAGAGAAGCAGGGGCUCAUUCUCUGAGACCAUGUCAGACUGAAAACUGUCACUGAAAGGACUGAUGAGACAUGUCCACGCGUCCCCUGCUCUGUGACAAGGCCGUUUGGUCCUGACAGCUGACUGUGUGCUGGUGGACUGUCACUUAAACCGGGAAUAAAAGGAAGAUUAAAUGUUACUUUUGACACAAGUGCCUGAGAUUAACACCAUGUGCGGACUCAUGCACAAAUCCAGGUCUUAAUUUGUCCUCCACAUAGCAGGAUAUAAGUGUUGCAGAACACUGUGGUCUGUUGACCUUACGUUGGUUUUGUUUGUCAAGUGACAGAUUUCAGAUCAGUUUACCAAUCAGACUGUGAAACUGGACCUGAGCGUAUUAAUAUCCACUGCUGUAAACUAAUGGGUUAAGUGUAGGAGACUGCAGAAAGAUGCAUCUGGAAUGUUCAGCUCACCAGCUGUUUAACAGCCACAAAGACUUCACCAUACAGUCUGCUGUAAUUCGAGAGGACUACCAAUGUUUUGAUCGAAGCGGCAUGAGGUUCUGGACUGUACAUAUGCAAUAAACAAAAUGCCAAAUAA